UCGAUUAUACAGACAGAAGUGAAACAAGCGAAGAGCAAGUAGGAACAUGGGGCUAUUCUCCGUCCUGGUUAUGUACGGGCUCUCCGCCUUCUACAGUUGUCUCGUUUUCACAUUUCUCGUCGUGAAGUCGCUGUUCAACCCGAGCAAGCCCUUCUGGUACCGGAAGAAGCGCGACAAAGCUCCGGAAUGUUUGCAAGACCCCGCGCUAGGUACUCACCACUACGCCAAGCUCAAGGGAAUCCAACUGCAUUAUGUCGAGAAAGGCGAUCACUUGAAACCUCUUAUGCUCUUCAUCCAUGGUUUCCCUGAAUUUUGGUAUUCUUGGCGGCAUCAAAUAAAGGAAUUUUCAAAGGAUUACUGGGUUGUUGCAUACGAUAUGCGGGGAUAUGGGGACUCAGAAAAACCUGAGUCUGUAAGCAGUUAUUCAAUGGAUUUACUUGUAGAUGAUGUCAAACAGCUUGUAGAAUAUUUGGGAAAACAAAAGAUUACUCUUGUUGCCCAUGAUUGGGGUGGCAUGGUAGCGUGGUACUUUUUGCUAAAACACCCAGAAAAGGUUGAAAAAUAUAUAAUCAUGGAUACUGGAUUUCCAAAAGGGUUCUUCAGUUCACUUAAACAGUUUUUUAAAUCAUGGUACAUAUUUUUCUUCCAAAUGCCUUACCUUCCAGAGAUGUUUGCUUCAUCUUUUGAUCUGGAAAAUUUCACCAAAGUAUUUAUAGAUGAUGGUUCAGUUGAGACUGGUGGUAUAACUGAAGAAGAUAUUGAAGCUUAUAAGUUUACUUUCCAAAAUAAAGGUGGUUUCACAGCUCCGAUAAACUAUUACAGAGCAUCAAUGCAGAAGAGAACUACCAGUGAACCGCAACCAAAACGAGCGGAACCAAGAUUUGAUCUUCCUGUUGGACUAUUUCUAUUUGCAGAAAAUGACAGGUACUUGGAAGGAGAAUCAUUACUAAAAACUGCAAAGUCAUGGAUUCCAAAUCUGAAGACUCAAAUUGUCAGUGGAGGAAACCACUUUGUCCAGCAGUCAGUACCAACACAACUCAAUCAUGUUAUGAGGGAGUUCUUGAAAAGUUCCUCUUGAACUAAUUGGAAAAAUACUUUUAAGUUUGAGACAAGUGAUUUAUAUUACAUGAGAAUAUGUUGUAUUCAGCUUGUUAUUUUUGUAAAAAAAUAAAAAUUCUUGGUUGUUGCAGUACA